AACAGUGGCCCAGACCGGGGUGGACAGCCCCAGGAAGAUUGUGCUUCCUGCUGUAAAUUCCUUUUGUAUCACUAAUCUUUCAUUCUUUCUGUGCCCUGCAGUUUGCCUCCGGAUCCAGAUCAACCCACAGAAUAAAAGCGAGUUCCAAGGCAUUUCACCGGAGCGGGCAUUUGCCGAUUUCCUCUUUGCCAACACAAUCCUGCAUCUUGUCGUCAUCAAUUUUGUCGGCUGA